AGCCAACCAGCGAGUGUAUCACACUCAACCAACCGGAAAUAGAACAGCAGACACCCGUCAGGAGUGUCAAGACAACACUCAUUGUGACGCCUAUUACGAUACUGUACCAAUGGGCCGCGGAGUUUGAGGCCAAAACGGAAGACCUGCGCGUGUUGGUGUAUGACGGUGUGAAGCAGGACACGACACAG